AUGUUUACUAAGAAAGAAUAUACAUUACUUGAAUUAUCUUGUUAUUACGGAGCAGUUGAUUGUUUCAAGUUCUUAAGAACUGAGUAUCACUCAAAAAUAACCGAAAAAUGUCUAAAAUUUUCAUUUUUAGGUGGAAAUCCAGAGAUCAUGAGUGAAUGUUUGAAAUAUCAAAAACCAGAUGAAAAAUGCAUGAAGUAUGCAAUCAUUUCACACAACAUUGAUUUUGUUGCAUUCUUGAUGAAUGAAUACAAUAUAUCAAUCAAUUUAGAUUAUUGCAUAAAUUAUAAUAAUCUUGAAUCAUAUUUUGUUUAUUAUGAACAAACGAAUGAUAUUAAUGAAUGCUUUAUUAAUUCUAUGAGGUUCAAUUUUCCAUCCCUCUGGGAAUAUUUCCUUUCACACGGUGCAAAUAUCAAUGAAAAAGAUAAAAAUGGGAAAACUGCUCUUCAUCUUGCAACAAAAAUUAAUAGUAAAGAAACAGCCGAAUUUCUUAUUUCACAUGGUGCAAACAUCAAUGAGAAAGAUCAAAAUGGGGAAACCGCUCUUCAUAUUGCAACAUGGAAUAAUAGCAUAGAAAUAGUUGAAUUUCUUAUUUCUCAUGGUGUAGAUAUUAAUGAUAAAGAUAAGAGGGGACAAACCGCACUUCAUAUUGCAGCAUGGCAUAAUAGCAAAGUAAUAGUUGAAUUUCUUAUUUCACAUGGUGCAAUUAUCAAUGAGAAAGAUCAAAAAGGGAAAACCGCUCUUCAUAUGGUUGCAUGGGUGGAUAGAAAAGAUUCAGCCGAAGUUCUUAUUUCUCAUGGUGCAAAAGUCAAUGAAAAAGAUAAAGAUGGACAAACCGCUCUUCAUAUUGCAGCAUAUAAAAAUAUGAAAGGAACAGCAGAACAUCUUAUUUCGCAUGGUGCAAACAUCAACGAAAAAGAUAAAAAUGGACAAACCGCUCUUCAUAUUGCAGCAUAUAAAAAUAUGAAAGGAACAGCAGAACAUCUUAUUUCGCAUGGUGCAAACAUCAACGAAAAAGAUAAAAAUGGACAAACCGCUCUUCAUAUUGCAGCAUAUAAAAAUAUGAAAGGAACAGCAGAACAUCUUAUUUCGCAUGGUGUAAAUAUCAAUGAAAAAGAUGAAGAAGGACAAACCGCUCUUCAUAUAGCAAUAAAAUAUAGUCAUAAAGAAAUCGCCGAACUUCUUGUUUCUCAUGGUGCAGGCAUCAAUGAAAAAGAUAAAAAUGGACAAACCGCUAUUCAUAUUGCAUCAUAUAAAAAUAAUACAGAAAUAGCUGAACUUCUUAUUUCACAUGGCGUAAAUAUUAACGAAAAAGAUAAAUAUGGAUCCACCGCACUUCAUAUCGCAGCAUAUAAACUGAAUGAAGAAAUUUUCGAACUUCUUCUUUCACAUGGUGCAAUCAUCAAUUAA